UACCCUACUGUCCUGUGGCCAAGUACGUAACUGCGUAUGUGAGUAGAUGACGUCCAGCUGGCUAGACGUGUGCUGAGAUCCGCUACCUGCUACACAAACUCGAAGAACAAUUUGAGAUACAUAAAUGUCCCUCCAAACGACUUCAUCGGAUGAAGAAGGGGAACAAUUUUUUGCUCGAGGAGAAAAAAAUGAAUAUCGAAAAUCGUCUGCUAUAUCGAGCAGGGCCUGGAGGACCAAGAGUUUCGAAAACGGGGCAGAUUUUGGAUCCAAGAUCUCUUCUUCAACUAAUACAAUCAAUCCAUUGUGGUGCCCUAACCCUAGAGAAGUCAACAACAGUGAUACAAUGGAUAAUGGAGUCCCUACCAAUUUGUCCCACUCAGCCAAGUUCACGCUAACUGAUACGGACACAGAUAGUCCACUUCACUCUGCUGUCCAGCAUGGUCAUCUCGAUCUCAUUCGUCUGCUAAUUGAACAAGGGGUCGACGUGGAUACCCGGGCCACGUUUCGUGAACAGACGCCUGUGCACAUUGCAGCAAAACUUGGGGAAUUCAAUUGUCUGAAGCUGUUGGCAAGUUAUGGUGGAAGUUUGACAUCCUUGGACGGCACCGAGAAGGGAUUUGCGCCGAUACAUUUAGCAAUUUUAACGGGUAACGACGCAAUUGCCCUGUGGCUCCUUGAAAAUGGGGUGUCAGUGAAUACGGAAAGUAUGGCAGGAAUAAGUCCGCUGUUCUGUGCUAUACGAUGCCGCAAUACCCAGCUGGUUAAAGUCCUUAUAGAAAAAGGCGCCGAUGUCAAUGCAAAAAUUGUGAAUAUGGAUGGCAUUACGCCAUUGCAUUCUGCAGUGUUGGUUAAAGAUGUGGAUAUUUUUAAAAUCUUACUCGAGAAUGGAGCGGAUUUCACAGCUUUCUGCAACUUCCGUAACCAGACAGUAAUUCACUCAGCAGCAGCAGCUGGAAACUUAGAAAUGUUCCUUACAAUGGUUCGAUAUAAUGCUGAUAUGUCUGUACAGACAAAUAAUGAAAAAGGGGAUAGACCAAUUCACUUGGCUGCCAGUAUGGGCCAUGUCUCUAUCGUAGAAUGGUUAAUAGAGAAUGGGAUAUCAAUGGAAAUUAUAAAUAAAGAGGGACAUACACCUUUACAUAGGGCUGCUUUUCGUGGGAAAAUCCGUGUCGUAAAAUUGUUAUUAAAGAAGGGCGCGGAUGUGAAUAUUCGCACUAAAAACAAGGAACGCAAUACAGAAAACAUUGAUCAUUUAAACGCUUUUGACUGUGCAGCCAUGGUAGGAGGAUUACGAUGUUUGAAGGUACUGUUGAUUGGGAACACUGUGAAGUCCGGUGGAAACAAGUAUGGAGAUUUUCCAAUUCAUUUCGCAGCUGCAUACGGGCAUCUGGACGUUGUUGACUGGUUAAUUGACCGUGGAUCAGCGGUGGAUAUCCGUAAUAACAUGGGAAGUACACCACUGAUCAAUGCUUCAUGGGGUGGGCAUUGUAAUGUGGCCAGAAUGCUUCUCGACAGAGGUGCAGAUGUCAACGCUACAGUCGAAAAAGCAGAUAACAGAUCAGUUAUUCACUCUGCAUCAUUCUCUGGGAAUGCACAGCUGGUUGAACUUCUGUUAGAGAGAGGCGCUACUGUCAAUGCACGUACCAGCACGAAUAAUCGUACACCGCUUCACUGGGCGGCUCAAGAAGGUCACCUUGAGACAGUCAGGCUACUUAUUAAGCACGGAGCAGAAGCCAAGGCCCAAGAUAUCCAUGGACUGACUGCAGAAAGUGUUGCUUUUUCUAAAGGCCGUGCCGAAGUCGUGUCCUUCUUCUCAUCUCUGAACCAGUGACACUCUUUAACUUCAGGAGAAAUAAUACAACCUAUAAAACGUUUCAUAUUAAUUAUUUCCCCGAAACUUAUUUAGUCAGCGCUUAUCUUGGAAAUUAAUGAGUUUUCUGUCUACCUGUACGUGUUCAUUGUUAUUUUCAAGUUAACUUAGAAAGGAAUGCUCCUUAUAAUAAAUAUCACUGAUAAUGCCACAUGUCACAGAUCUGCAAUGACUGCGGACAGGUUACAAAACCAUAUAUAUAUUCUGUACCAUUGUACUAUCAUUAAUAUCAUUUUUUAUGUUGCUAUAUUUGAUUUUAUGUACAACUAAUAAUAUAGUUUCAAAUGCAGAUACAUUA